CCCGCCGGGGAGAGGCGGCCGCUCUCCCGCGGGCCUCAGUUCACACCCGGCGGAACGUGAGCGCGGCGGAAGCGGCGGGGCCGAGCGCAGGUCCCGCCCCGCAGCGCCGGCCCUGCUCUGGCGGGAGGUCCCCGCAUGCCGCUGCUCCGCCCGCCUCUCCACCACGUCUGUGCCUUGGGCCGCCCGCCCGUCCGCGCCCUCAUGAACCUCCGGGAGCUCGUUUCUGCCCUGAAUGACUUCGCAUCUCCCGCCCUGGCUGAAAGCUGGGACAAUGUGGGGUUGCUGGUGGAACCAAGCCCUCCCCACACUGUGAACACCCUUUUCCUCACUAACGACCUCACUGAGGAGGUGAUGGAAGAGGCAGUGCAGAAGAAAGCGGAUCUCGUUCUUUCUUACCACCCUCCUAUAUUCGCACCACUCAAGCGAGUAACGUGGAAAACCUGGAAGGAACGGCUGGUGGUCCGAGCCUUGGAGAACAGAAUCGGGAUUUAUUCUCCACAUACGGCGUACGAUGCCAUACCUCAUGGAGUUAAUAACUGGCUAACAAAGGGACUGGGCACCUGUACUUCUGUCCCACUGCAUCCAUCAACUGCGCCAAGCUCUCCAGCUGAGGGCACUCACCGGGUAGAAUUCUGUGCAGAUGCUGAGCAUCUGGAUGCAGUCCUGUCCAAAAUCAAAGACAUCCCAGAGAUCUCUUGUCUCACUACUCUCCCAGUCAGGGUUGAAGGUGAGGAACAAACACGAGUCAGUCUGAACUGCUCUCAGAAAGCACUACUGGAGGUGGUAGCAUUAUUGUCCCAGAACAGCCUUCUUUAUCACAAGACCGAGAUUCUUUUACUACAGAAGCCUCUUCUUCCCCAUACUGGAAUGGGACGCCUGUGCACCCUGAGCGAGCCGCUCUCCCUGUCAGACACAGUGGAGCGCAUCAAAGGGCACCUGGGGCUCCCCCACGUCCGCCUGGCCCUGGGGGCGGGCAGGACACUCGGUAAAUGGGCUGUGAUCCUCCUGGCCCUGGGGGCGGGCAGGACACUCGAAUCACCAGUGAAGAAGGUUGCUCUAUGUGCUGGUUCUGGGAGCAGUGUCCUGAAGGGAACAGAAGCUGACCUCUAUCUCACAGGAGAGAUGUCCCACCAUGAUGUGCUGGAUGCAGUUGCCAAUGGGAUAAGUGUUAUUCUGUGUGAGCACAGUAACACUGAGCGAGGCUUCCUGUCAGAGCUGCGUGAGGCACUCACCAUCCACCUACAGAACAAAAUCAACAUCAUUGUGUCUGAGAAAGACAGAGAUCCCCUCCAGGUGGCAUAGGAGGAAAAAAUUGGAGAGAGAAAAUUCAGUCAAUAGUGUUAUCCUGCACAGACCUAUCCAACUGCAGAGCUUAAUGAAGGUGCUUUUAAUUGGUCCAGUACAGAAUGAUUGUACUAUAGGGUACCUCAAAGUCUGGGGUAUAUUUUGUCAUGUCAGAAAAAUAAAUGUUUGUUUUGGAAUACCAAACGUUCAUUUACUUGAUUACUGGACUGUAUUGAAUAAAUUUACUGUUACUGCUUCAUGUUAUUAGAUACAGUUGAUAACCAUGAUACUCAAGGAAAAAAUAAAUAAAACCUGACUUACCUCCAGAUUUAAGCUUACACAACAGUUCUACCCUACUACAGCUAUGUCAAAUCAUGUCAGUGCAAGCCACUGAUAUUUUAUCUAAUAAAUUCCAGAAAUAAUAGUUAAUGAAAGCAUGGACAUCAACUGUUUGCAUUAGCAGUUGUACUAAGGCACCACUCAGACGCAAAUAAAUACAGAACACAAAGCAAGUUGUUGGUACUAGUAUUCAGUUGCACAGUCUACCACUAAUGCAGCUUUAAGGCUUUUCAAAAGAGAGAUUCUCAAUUCAAAAAAGCUUUGUAAAGUUGAAACUCAAUUCCUUAACAAAGCUGUAAAUUCACGUGCCUUUGUCAUUUUCUUUUUAAAACAGUUUCUGUCAACUGUGGCUUUUAAUUACAGGAUUGCUAAAACUGAACAAGUAGUAUUUUCACCACUGAUAAUGAGUUUAAUUUUCCAAGUUAUUUUUCUGUUGAGAAUUUUUUUUAAGAAAAAAUCUCACUGUUGUAUACCCUACCAUCUCUGGAUGGUAAAUAUAUUUCAUUAGAAAUUUGUAAAGAUGUUAGCUCUAUCCUUUUAAGUUAAUAAAAGCAGUUCAUCAAGCAAUG